AUGUCUUCGUGUCUGACCGGAGCUGGUGGAAGAACCUAUGGUUUCGAUUUCGAAUUUGUUAAAUCUCCGUCUUCCUCCACUAGAACCUCUCAUACCUCUUCUUCACCUUCUUCGACAAUCUCCGAAUCGAGCAAUUCACCGCUCGCAAUCUCCACGAAGAAACCCAGAACACCGCGAAAGCGACCGAACCAAACCUACAAUGAAGCCGCGGCGCUUCUCUCCACGGCGUACCCCAACCUCUUCUCCACCAAGAACCUCAAAACGCAGGGCAAAUUCGCAAAGCCCGCAUCGGAGAAUUUUGAUUAUGACUCUUCGGAGCUGUUGUUGCCGUUCAGGGUUUUGGACGGGUCGUCCUCGUGUUUCCUUCUGGACCAACCGGACCCGAAACCCGUGGAGAGGCCUAAAGUGGUGAGCGUGCAGGAGAAGGCGUGUGGGAGCCCCGGGGAGAUAAGCUCCGUGGUGAAUUUCAAUUUCCUCGAAUUGAACGACGAUUGCGAAGAGAGCCUCGAUGCGGAAUCGAUUCUCGACGAGGAAAUCGAAGAAGGGAUCGAUAGCAUCAUGGGGAGCAGGGUCCAAGAGGUCUCAAACGACGCCGUUAAUGACUUCCCCUGGAUAAUGCCUUUUGGCGGGAAAUCGGACUUCCCCAGACCCCGUGUCCGCGCUCUACGACACGUCGACGACGGAAACUGGUGGAAUUUUCCGGCCGUCGAUAUUCUCCAAAUAUCGCCAAAAAUUAACACCAAGCCUCCCCCGGUGACCGCCGAGAAGAAGAUGAAGAAGAAGAAGGUGGCAGGGAUUGCAGCGGCGGAGAAACCGGUCGUGGUGGAGUUAAAGAACGCGGAAUUGCCCAAACCGAAACAAGGUUUGAUGUUGAAAUUGAAUUACGACGACGUUCGGAGCGCUUGGUCCGACCGCGGUACGCCGUUCUCCGACGAUAGCCCCCUAGCCGACUUGCCGGAAAAUGACGUCACCGCGCGGCUGUCGCAAAUUGAUUUGUGGUGGGACAAUGGCGGAGUCAGAGAAGCUAGCGUGCAGCGCUACAAAGAGAAGCGGCGAACGCGCCUCUUCUCCAAGAAAAUCAGGUACCAGGUCAGGAAAGUCAACGCAGAUCGACGGCCCAGAAUGCAGGGGCGAUUUGUUAGGAGGCUCAAUCCUAGCUCAAAUGCACACAGAUGA